ACAAUAAACGUGUCAGCCAACGCGACUAGUCGUGUAACAUAAAAAUGAAUUUUCUGUCCAUACUACUGUGUAUAUGCGCGCUGUUUUACCGACGCGUCCUGUCUGAACCCGCGGGGCCAAUAGGUUUAUUUCUCCAAACAAACCUCAUUGGCUUACCCGUUAUCCACGAGACACAGCAAUGGGUCUUCGAUCCUGACGUAUCUUUGAGGCGCCGGAAGGAAUUUAUAGAACUCAAUGGUGAUAAGGGUGAAAAGUUAAUAGAAAGGCUAGGUCUAGGUAUAGACGGGUAUGGAGACCAAAGACUGAUAAAGCAGAGGCAACGGGAUGAAGGCCAUCUAGGUGGCUUAAAUUCUUUAAGGCCGUAGAUUAUUUAUUUAUAUUAAAUAUUAUUUCAACUUUUGAUUUAGUCUUUGAAUUAAAAAAAAGCAAAAAGGAGAAAUAUAAUUUUGGUAAAAAAAUAAUCAUGUAAAAUCACU